UACUAUGGGGAUUUCCUGUGGGUGGUUCGGUUAGUCGUUUGUAAAACAAUAACUACUCAGUGGGAACAAUGAACAAGCAGUCCAGUCAAUCAAUUUACAAACAAGUGAGCGACGAUAACGUACAACUCAAGUGCAACUGUAUUUAAAAAAUAUUUUUUUUAAAUGUCACAGCAAAAGGUCGAGGGACCAAAAGUUAUGGAACAGAAAACUCCAGUAGAGGUCCCCAUAGAGGACAUGAAGCAUCCUCUAGAACACGCGUGGAGUUUCUGGAUGUUCACCAACGACAAGAAGAAGUGGGAGGACAACUUGGUGGAGCUCACUACCUUUGACACUGUGGAGGAUUAUUGGUGUUUGUACCACUACAUGAAGUCACCGUCGGAGUUGACCAUGGGUCAAGACUAUAUGAUCUUCAAGAAGGGGAUUCAACCGAUGUGGGAGGACGCGGCCAACAGGCGCGGCGGAAGGUGGCUGAUCAGUCUGGAGAAGCGGAAAGGGGAAAUGGACCGGAUGUGGCUAGAUGUCGUUUUACUUAUGAUCGGAGAGAAUUUUGAACAUAACGACGACGUAUGCGGUGUUGUAGUAAAUAUAAGAGGGAAAUGUAAAAUUGCGGUUUGGACAGCAGACGCUUCAAACCACAAAGCCUACAUGGAGAUUGGCAGAAAAAUAAAAGAUGCUUUGGGGCCAUACGCGAAACUUUCCUAUCAACAUCAUAAUUCUUCUAAGAACAUACAUACUAUGUAGGUAGGCUACUAUGUUAUUUGUCCCUUUUUGUCUUUUUUGGGUAGGUACUGUAACGAUGUGACUAUUUAACGAUGUGACUUUGUAACGA